AGUUCUGCCGCAUUGACAAAGCUCUGUGCCAGGAUGAGGAGGAGCAGCUCAGCUUCGAGGCCGUCCGCAACAUCCACAAGCAGAUGGACGACGACGCCAACGGCAACGUGGACGUGGAGGAGAGUGAUGAGUUCUUGAGGGAGGACUUGAAUUAUCAUGACCCAACAGUCAAGCACAGCACCUUCCAUGGAGAAGACAAGCUCAUCAGUGUGGAGGAUCUCUGGAAGGCCUGGAAGACAUCUGAAGUCUAUAACUGGACAGUGGAUGAGGUGGUUCAGUGGCUCAUCACCUACGUGGAGCUGCCCCAGUACGAGGAGACCUUCCGCAAGCUGCAGCUGAGUGGACACGCCAUGCCCAGGCUGGCAGUGAACAAUGUCACCAUGAUGGGAAGUGUCCUGAAAAUGACCGACCGCAGCCACAGGCAGAAGCUGCAGCUGAAGGCCUUGGACACCGUGCUCUUUGGGCCUCCCCUCUGUAAGUACCAGAACUGUCUGACCAUCCAUCAAGAGGUCUGUGUCUGCUCAGACAUCAGAGUCAUCUGGGAGAAGGGAACUCUGCCCUGUGCCACCUCAGCCAGGAAAAUCAUCCCUGGGAGAAGGUCCCUGACCCAGGAGCAGGUUGGCUCUGGAUUUGUUGGAGCCCAGAGGCCUCCUGCCUCUGAUGGGCUUAAUGGGACCCAGAGUCCAGCUGGGAUCUUCUCUGUCCAUGGGGUAAAACCAUAG